AUAGAUCGAGACAGAUGGCGUAAGUUGUACCUUUGUAGACGACGUUUACGUGUUAAAUAAAGUGUUUGAUAUUUCGAGAAGGAAGAGCAAGCAGCUGAGACAGAAGAAGAUACGCGACACGUAAAAGAUACGUUUACGGGCACUUUUUGUGAAACUGUGUAUGUAAAAAGCUGCCGUCGAGACUCGAGAGUCGAGAGAAGAGGAUAAGUUCGAACAAAGUCGAACAGUUGCGAAAAUGGCGGCCAAGAGCGGUGGCAGUGAUGAGUGGUCAUCAGUAAUGAAACCAAUACUAGCAGUAUCGCAUGGAUCGUUUGAUAAAAACGAUGUCAUUGAAUUGGCAAAGAGUAUCGUUAAAUGCGAAAAUAAAUUUGUCUUUCACGAAGAACAAUAUGACACCUUCUACACGUCUGUCGCAGCCCUUACGGCUGAUCAUCUCAGCGGUUGCGCCAGUACAUUUUCCAAAAGUCAAAUAUCGAUAGUUUGUCAAGCGUGUAGAAUAUUACUUGGCCGCUUGGUAGACAAAUUGUCUGAAAUUCAACUGGGAGAUGGAACUCCUACUAUUUUGAGCACAAAGCAGUUGUUGCUUCCAAUUCGUGCUCUUUGUAUGGGACAGUCGUUGCUUUCAUCCGCUGAUGAAGUAGCUUUAAUAGCUGCUAUAAAAAAUUCCAAGAUACCUCCCUGCGUCAAGUCCCAAUCACCUGGAGUUGAAAAAGAUUCUUCUCAGUCCUCGAAAGACUCUGCGAGAGUACGAUGCGAUCUCUCCAAUAGCAUUCUAGAACAAUUGACUAUGCCUCUACAAGACUUUACGCUGUCUGUGCCUCGUGUUAUCGAAAGCUCCAGCGAUGGCAGCAAUAAAAUUACCAAUGACAAUACAGCAAACGAACCUCACUCCGACACAAAGACAACAUUUGUUGUAAAUAAUAUAAAUAUUCUCCAAAGUAUGGGUGCAGGUGACAUCCUUCUGGACAUGUGUCUGAAUCUUCCACACUUGUCGCGGUACAUUCGUAAAUAUCAAGCGUAUUUAAACAAAAAAGGUUUCAGUUUACCUGCUAAUGCUUCGGAAGCACACGCUAUACGCCAUAGUCUGCAUUCCGUAGCAAAUGACAUUAAUAUCGUGCAUAAUGUAAUAUCUUUGCCAUUAUUGGAACCGCUGACUACGGUCAAGCUAGAAAAGCUAUCGGUCCUGACCAUGUCUUGUCUGUAUUGUUCGAUCGCGAACGCGACCGCGUCCAGCAUCGUUGGAAUAACGAAUGCGGUAUCGCCAAAAUGUAGUACAAAUACCUCUGCUGGAACACAAAUGAAUCAAAGUGGGAAAAAUAUGGAAGAGGAAUACGAUAGUUUGGCAAUUACGGUUGUCGAAAAGAGUCUCGAAAUAUUUGGACUAGUCUCGAAUGUGAUAAAAAACAGUACGCGAGCAGGUGGCCAUAUAUUACAGAAUCAUUUAUUAAUUGGUGUGUGGCUGUUGGUGACUGGUUUGCAAGCUCAACUUUCAGUAAGCAGUUUUAGCGCGGCAGACAAGGGUAAGGAAGAAAAGGGAAAAUCACCUAGUAAAGCACGCGAUGGAACUGCUCGUGUCAAUCUGAUGAAAGUCCAGCAAGGUUUUGGAGUGCUUUCAGUAGCCUUGGCUUCUCAUGCGCUCACCUUAAUGAGCGCUCUAUUGGAAGAUGUAUCGGUCGAAGCGAUUGCCGAUUCUUCGGUUCCACCUGAGCCAGCACCGUUAGAUAUUUUGUCCACCGCAACUGCGCUUCAGAGAGCAGUCACUUUCCUUCAAGCAGUACCGCUUAAUCAUUUAUUGUUUUAUUUAGCCACUAUUAGUUACAGAAAGGCUUGUACCUUGAAAAGGGUACAGAAGCAUCCUUUCGAAGGCGAUGCCUUAAGUCAGUCCGAUUCGACGACUUAUUACGAGGAUCUGUUAAGUUGUUCAGAUAAUUCUACCGAUGAAGAGGAGGACAGCGAACCGAUUUUGGGUUUAUGGUUUGAGGAAACCAUCGCACCGUCCGACGAAUCACCUGCGACUGGUACAAAGGAACCCAGUAACGAAACAAGCGCCGAACGAACAGUAACCACUAUUGUUCCUGACAAUCGUGAACCUCACGGUUACAUAUCCCUGGCCACUAAAAUUUUUCAAUUUAUGAAUCAACAUUUAAUCGGUAGUAGAAGCUGUUACGUGCGUGAAUACGUAGUAAACGGCUUGGUUGAACAACAGAUGGUUAUAUUAGCAGCAAUAAUCAGAGAUUUGGAUCAUGAAACUGCUAGAACGGAAACAGGUACAAUCUCGGUAUUCUAUGGUGCAACUUUAGGCACCAUGUACUCUGAAUUCUCUCAAGCUUUGAGCCGCUACACCCACAAUUUACUUGCUCGCAAUACAUUGAGCGAGAGUUUACAAAGCACUCUUCUGCAACAUUUAGGCGUAAAUCCUUGGGCUGGAACGGAAAGUACAACUCCGUACACCUGGCCACUUCAAGUUUAUCCGAGAACGUUAAGCGUACUAGCACAGGUUCUUUUGCUGAAACCUCAGUCAGAAAAAGAAGCGGCAUGCAUAAGUAUAUGGCAUCGAUUGGUGACAACAAUGGUGGAGAACGUGUGCAAUCCACCUUCUACAUUCGAAGCGGAAAAUGAAGAUUUAAACGUGGAACACGCUCAGCUGGUUUUAAUUCUAUUUCAUUCCCUUAAUUUAAUGCAAAAGAAAUCUGUAUUGCUUGUAACUGGCAGCGGCGCUGUACGUUGCAGCGAAGCAGUUAAAACUCCUAUGAAAGAUUCUCAGUUACUACAUUUGUCACGAUUAUUAUUAUUACUCGAAUACAUGAUGAAACACCUUUAUGACGCGCCUCCUGCGUUACUCGAACAAGUUCAGUGGAAUCUGUUUUCGGCGACAAGUCUGGUUUCUGAUGCAAAAGAUGGUAAUAAACAAACGGCCCGAAUUUUUACCUCGUGGACCGAAAUUGAAGAUAAUUAUCGUAAAUACGGUACCCAAGACGAAUUCUCAAUGAAGCCACGAUUUUACAACCUUUCUACUACGGAUUUCAAUAAUCAAGACACGCCAAAGUUGGAUGGAUUGGCAUGCAACUUCAUUUUGGGCGCACCGGAUAAAAUGAAGUAUCCACUUUUAGUCGAUGCGUUAAUAGAUAUCCUGAAUGUUCUGAAUCAGACAGAUAUGCAGAAGAAAAUUAAUAACGACGAUAAAGAAAAAAUGUCAACAUUUUUAGGUCUAUGCGCUAUUCGUUAUUGCUUUUCCAUAUGUUGGCGUUUGUUACUGAUGUUACCACCCUCUACUCCGUACAUGGAUAAACUGGCUCUCGGCGAGGAAAUUCCUGCUGGACCUAUGCUGCUUUACUCUUUGAUUUGGGGGCCCAGAGCUGCUUAUAAAACUUUUACCAGUUGGAUGAAGGAUUACCUGGUUAGGCAAGGAAUGUAUACUCAGUACGCGGAGAAUCUUUUAAAAACUGUAUCGUCUACUGUCAACGCUCUCAAGUACGAUAUUACGGUGGCAAAGAAUUGUAUCACGGCGCUGAAACCAGAAACUAAUUUCAAUGAUCAGAUAAUGCCAAAAAGCGCAUUACCGAAGCUUAGCUCGUUAUGUAUUUUGGCUGCCGUCAUCGGUAAAUUACAAGUUCUUUUCGACGAAAGUAUAUCAAAAAAUCAAAACGAGAAUGUGGAAAGUUCAAAAAAUACACAAAGUUCGGAACCUGCAAGUACAAAUACGAAUACGAAUACGAAUACGAAUCCGAAUCCGAAUCCGAAUACAAAUACAAAUACAAAUACGAAUACAAAUACGAAUAUAAAUACAAAUAUAAAUACAAAUACAAACAAAAUGAUGGUUAGUAUUCUUCCUCACGUUCUUUCUCUAACCGAGGCUAUUUUGGCCUCGUGUCGAUCAAGUAUACUUCAUCAAAUGAUCGAGUCGUUAGAAGAAGAUGGUAAAUAUGGUCAACGAGACUAUUUGGUACUCGAUGAUAUAAUUGCGAUGGCGGGUGCAAAUUGGGCUACCGAAGCAUCCUUGAUCACUUUUCUACCAAACUCUGUAAAAUUAAUUCUCGAUAAAUGGAAAGCCAUCAACGUUACUUACAUACCAUGGAAUACCUACGCGAAUGAUAUUAUACCGGCUGAAAGUUACAUUCUGAUAACUGUGAAUCAUCAUGUGAGCUCGCUUUCCGAAUAUCCAACAUUUUCUAUUAAUCCGUCUCUGAAGAAUUUGUUGCAUAGCUUGGUUGCUUUUAUAGUAGAAUAUAUUACUCCUAGUACUGCACCGGAAAACUCGGAGAUACGUUCUCAGGCGCUGAAUAUUCUUGUCGCAUUAUCUAUGGACGCUCGUACGGAUUACCUUCAAGAUAUGACCAACAAGGCUUUGACAAAAAUGUUAGGCGAUACCGACAACGAAGCGCGACAGCUACGGGAACAUUUGUUUAUAUUGCGUGACACGUAUAAUUUGAUAAUCGAAUAUACCAAUGAUUCCCAGGAUCCUGUAAAUAUCACGAUAGAUGAGAAAAUUUUGAAACGGUGUAUCAAAUAUUGGGAACAGUUGUUGGAAAAGCCAGUUGGAUGUAAAGCUUUGGAUUUAUUCUUUGCUCCCAAUACCAAUCGGUCUCUUGUUUCUGUAUUACUCUGUAUAACGUCUUCACAGUCGUCUCAGCAAUUCGCUACAUACGUUUUACGUUUCUUCAACACGCUAUUCAGAACAGCUGAAAAAGGAAAUUACGGAUCAUUGGAACGUCUUUGCGGAUCUGUAUCGAACCUAGCUCACGUAGAAACAGAGAAAUUACAAACAUGGUUAAAACAAGUCAUCUUAGGAGCAACAAGUAUUUCCCCAAGCGCAUCAUCGACCAAUGUCCAAACACCUACGGUAGUAACCUCAAAUGCGUUGGUUGCCGUUAGUGGAACAGGAACAACAGAUGAUGCAGAAAAAGCGGACGAAGUCAGUAACGCGCCGAAUAACGAACAGGAUCAGUGGUUGAUCUUGUUGCCAGAUGAUUCUGUAAGUAAUAAUCAAUCGGCAAGCAUCACUGAUGAUCAACAGCAACAGCAACAGCAGCAGCAACAGCAACAGCAACAACAGCAAUUACAACAACAACAGCAACAACAUUCGAUGCAUGAAAACAGUCGACUUCUGCGAGCACUUACGAAUUACAUAGUAAAAGAAAAAAGUAGCGUGGACGAAGGUGUACCAGUGACAAUUCUUCGAGCUCUUAUACCAUUGGCUUAUCAUAUUCUUUCCCCAACGAUCGAGGGCAAUGGCUUUUCAGAACUGAUGAACGUCAUGUCGACGUUAGCAGAUGCCGGUUCCGAAAAGGGUCAUACUUUAUUGUUUAAAGCUGCGAUCGAGUGGAUCGAAUUAUGCAAAGAACAAUUGAUGAAUAAAGAUCUUGAGAGUUUGGAUAAACCAUUGCCGUUCGUCGAGGCUGGUUGCUGUAUAUUGAAUUAUAUAGCAGAUAUAGUAAGCGCGAUUUCUCCUCAAUCGAUAUAUUCUCAAGAUCGAGCAACAAGUCCACCCUGGGAGGGUGGUACGCCGGUAAACGACGUAAAUGACAGCGACUGGGUGGAUGAAAUUCCACACGAAGACGAGGAUAGCGCUGCCGAGGAUUCCGACGAGGAUAGCCUUUGUAACAAACUCUGUACAUUCACGAUCACGCAAAAGGAAUUUAUGAAUCAACAUUGGUAUCAUUGCCAUACUUGCAACAUGGUAGACGGGGUCGGUGUUUGCACAGUCUGUGCUCGCGUCUGUCAUCGUGGGCACGAUGUAACUUACGCGAAAUAUGGAAAUUUCUUUUGCGAUUGCGGAGCGAAAGACGACGGUUUCUGCCAAGCUUUGACGAAAAGAAGUCCUCAAACGUCCGAGCAUCAAGGUGGUGGUUGUGGUGGUGGUGGUAACGCCGCGGUUGCUGUUGGCAGUGGAAGUAGUACAGCUGUUUCCACCAGUGGUUCAACCGGCGGGGGUGUCACCGCCGGCCCCAGCAGUUAUAGCAAUGCGCACAAACAUUCCUCCCAAGAUAAUCGCGGCGAUCUGUUCCUCACGAAUAACAGUUUACGACGAAGAACUUCUAGCCCUUUUUACUUCUCUGAAAAACAGGAAAAACAAGGGCGCGAUAAACAAAGGCACGCGUAUUUAGCGAGGCAGCUGGAAUCAUCGAAAGAGUGGAUACAAACUCAUCUCUGGAAGGCUGGUUUAGUUUCAUCGUUGGUAGAUUUGACCGGUACGUUGCUACCAGUCGUGGAUGCGUCAUGCAAAAAGAACUCGGCUGUUGGUUGUCACGCGCGUGCUCAAACGGCACUGAAACAAUUACAUACGAUGGAUAAAAAGUUUGAAUACACCGAUCAAUUGACGCUUCCGACAUUGGGAUCCCAAGAGGGUGCAUUUGAAAAUGUUCGAAUGAAUUAUUCUGGAGAUCAGGGACAAACUAUCAGACAAUUAUUGUCCGCGCAUAUGAUACGUCGAGUCGCAAUGUGUUGUCUGUCGUCGCCAAACGGUAAAAGGCAGCAUCUAGCGGUCUCGCAUGAAAAAGGGAAGAUAACGGUGUUACAGUUGAGCGCUCUGUUAAAACAACCUGAUUCUUCGAAAAGAAAACUGACCUUAACUAGGCUCGCUUCGGCGCCUGUACCUUUUACCGUACUCUCGAUAACUGGUAAUCAAUGGAACGAAGAUUUCCUGGCCGUUUGCGGUUUCAAAGACUGUCAUGUAUUAACCUUCAAUACAUCUGGAACGGUUUCUGAUCAUUUAGUUUUGCAUCCUCAAUUGGAAACUGGUAAUUUCAUUAUAAAAGCGAUUUGGCUGCCUGGCUCACAAACUCAGCUGGCAUUGGUCACCGCGGACUUUGUCAAAAUUUAUGAUCUUGCUAAGGACGCGCUUUGCCCUCAGUAUUACUUUUUAGUACCCACUGGAAAAAUACGGGACUGUACGUUCAUGUACUCCGAAGACGGUGUAUUUUACUUGUUAAUAAUGUCGUCGGCUGGAUACAUUUACAGUCAAGUAAUGGACGAAGAAAGUUUAGCGAAACAUGGCCCGUUCUACGUGACCAAUACCCUUGAUAUCUAUCAUCCGGAAAUAAAGGAUACUGGUCAAGUUGGCGGUGGUGGUGUAUCAAUUUAUUAUUCCCAUGCUUUGCAAUUGCUUUUCUUCAGUUACACGGGUGGUAAAAGUUUCAUCGCGCCUCUCAAGUACAUGGAUACCGAACUAACGACCGUUUUCCAAAUCAAUCUCGCUGGUAAUAAAAGUUCGAACGGUAACAAAUCGAAUAUCAAUCAACCACAACCACUAUGUCAAUGGAGCGAGGUAGCAAAUCAUCCUGGACUGAUUUGCUCUGUUAUACAAACAACAAACAAUCCUGUUAUAUUGAUGAUCAAACCGGACACGAUAAUGAUUCAAGAGAUUAAAGUGAUCCCAGCAAAGGCUAAAAUAAUGGAUAUGGUUGCUAUAAGACAUCCGAGUUCGAACGGUGAACACCGUACAACCUUGAUAUUAUUAUGCGAAGAUGGAAGUCUAAAGAUCCAUAUGGCCGGAAUGGAACAAACCGGAUACUGGAUGUCAUCCAUGGUUCAACCAAUCGGUACGUUAUCAAACGUAAAACCAGCGAGAAAAAAGAAAACAACCAAGGCUGGAAAACCUUCGAAUUCCAUCAGUUUUCCCAUUGAUUUCUUCGAACAUUGUCAAGUGAUGAACGACGUUGAAUUUGGCGGCAACGACUUGCUGCAAAUUUACAAUGUAGCGCAAAUCAAGCAUAGAUUAAACACCACCGGCAUGUACGUUGUUUCUACAAAAGCAAUGGGAUUCAACGUUGAAGUUACCAAUAACGAUCCUGUUUUGGUAAUGACUGGAAUUAGGAUACUCCUUGGAAAUCAAGAUAUUCAGAGGGCCCCAGUUUAUAUAGAGGUAUUUGGUAGAAGCAUAUACACAACCCUGAAUAGAAGCCGAUGGUUUGAUAUUCCCUUAAUGCGAGAAGAGAGUCUUCAAGCUGAUAAAAAGUUAACCAUCACGUUUGGACCGUCUCAAGAUCCUGAAGGUGUUAUUAUGGUGGAUUCCAUUAAAAUAUACGGUAAAACGAAAGACGCGUUCGGUUGGCCGGAAGAGAUAGAGGAUGUUCCAUCUGGUCAGUCUACAUCUGCACCAGUAACCGCUAUAAACAAUGAUACGGACAGUGCUCUGGUUGCACCUGCUCCUUUAUCGUCUGUUGAUAGCUCGAGGAAGGCCAAUUCCCUUAAUAUCGAAAGAAUGGUUGCGGGCAUGUUGGAAGUACUCGAAUUGUCCUUCAAUAUUCCUACCAACGAUGAGAACAAAUUAUCGUUAAAGUCUACGGCUGUCGACGUGGCGUCAAAGUUGUUAAUAUUGCCAACUCCGCCUUUGGUGCAAAUUCAUACAACUGCUCUUCUUGCGGCAUUGCAUUCAUCCAAACAGGCAUAUCAUCUCCAUAAGGAUCAUGUGCUACUCUCUCAUGUACUAGAUUCGUUAAAAUCGAUGCGAGAACUGAAUGACGCGCGGGACAUUGACGCGGAAAAUUAUUACAGGCUUGUAUUGAUUGUUCGAAGUAUUUCCGUUUCACGACCACAAAACCUUGCUAAAUUUACUGAUCAGUAUACAAAUAAGUCGAUAGAUGAGACAAACAUAGCAAUUUUUGAAAAGGAUCGACAAAAUGUUAGCCAAUCCUGCAAAACCGUCGAUGGAAACCAACAGCACUUGAUCGUUCAGCUUAUGGAGAUUUUGUGGGCUUUGCAUAUGGCGUAUCCAAAGAAUAUGGCUCUGGCGCCUGUUGUAGUCCCAGGACUGACUCAUGCCGAAGGAACGAUUCACGCGAUAGUUGAAAUAAUCCAUGCAUUUACCACGUGUGACGUUGAGAAAAAUGUUCCAUUGGCUGCUAAAUUAUAUCUCCAGUUGUUACUCUCAUCCGAUACCACGAUCAGUUUUACUGCUAAACAGGCGAUAAUUCGCGUUCUAAGACCAAGAUAUAAGAAAAGAAGAGUUUACAUACCAAGUCCACCCAAUUCUAGUACUCCAGGAACAGCGGUAGAUGCUGAAGAAAAGCCAUCAUCCUCCUCCGGACAAUCGCAUCGAGAGGCGAUAGCAGUAAUGUCAGCCCCUAUUCCGGCACCGACAACAUCAUCGGCUGAUACUGAACAACAUUUGGAGGUUGAUUCUGUAGGAUCGGUGGAUCCUCUAGCGGUGGUGCUAGCUGCGGAGAGCAAUCAAGGAUCUAGUUCAUCUGCAAGCGGUGCUGCGACGACAUCCACUGCUACGAUUAGAAACGCGACUGGUAGCAGUAGCGCUGCUGCUAGCAGCAGCAGCGGAUCAGCGACUACAAGAGGGGCUGUAAAUUCUUUUGAAACGUUACUAAGCUCCGGAAGUUUUUCACAAAUAUUAGACGUACCACCAGACACCGAUGACGAGGCAAUGAUGGAACUAGCGAUCGCGCUUAGCUUACAAGAUGAGGGAGGAAGUGCCGAUUUGCAAGUACUACGACAAGGAUUUCAACAAAACAUAUCCAACUUACAAGGCCUGGAGAACCUUCAGAACUUGAGUGGACCAGCAUUGCAGAGUCUACAAACGUUAGCAGCACAGGGUUUGGUUCAAGUUCAAACCACCAGUCAAAGUCAGGAAGGUGGAGGACAUUAUUCAGAUACGACAGCAUCUGCUGGUGGUUCUGACGACGAGGGAUCAACUGCCGCUACCGAUGGUAGCACGUUAAGGACAUCUCCCGCAGAACAAGGCGGUAGUGGUGGUAGCAAGGGUAGCGAGAGCGGUGGAAGCGAAAGCGGAGCAAGUGCUGUAGACAGUAUGACGGGGGAACAUAAUGUAUCGGGAAGGAGUUCCGCUUACGGAGACAAUGGUCCCGACUCUAUACCUCCGAUCGGAGGAAUUACAGUCAACCAAGCACCACGUACUGAAAUUAAUUCCGUGGGUGUUCCCACGGCUUUCACCGUUAUCGAACAAGAAGAAGGUACGGAACAGGAGCACGUUACCGAACAGGAAAAUGAUACUAGUUGCGAAAAUACAGCAAAACUCCAUACCGUUCGCUUACUGUUACUCGACAAACUUAUGCAAUUUAUACCAAAUUUGACAAACGUACCCGGUGUCUUGGCAAUCCCAUUUAUGCAGGUUUUAUUAAUGUUAACGGCCGACUUGGAUGGACAAGACGAAAAAGACAGAGGUUGCGUCGAACGACUGCUUCGAAUAUUAGUGAAAGAAUUAGAAAUGGAUAAACCGGAUACAACAAAUAUAUGUCAGCGCAGUAAUAAAAGAGAAGUUCAUUUGGUUAUUAUGCGACUGUUAAGUGUUUUAAUGUCUCGUUCAAAGUAUACUGCUAAAACACAGAGCGAAAAUUCAAAUUUCGUUUCUCAAAUGGCAGCUGGAAUACUCAGCAAAGCAGGAGUAAUUGACUAUUGUUUGACGUUAUUGAAAGCAUUGUUGGAAUAUUGGAAAACGACAUCGACCGAGGAAACAGGAACUAUACUCGGUGGCCAAUUACUUAAAGAACAUCUUACGACUUCGCUACCAGAUAUGUCACCAUUCUUUUUGCGGCAACACGUGAAAGGUCAUGCCGGUGACAUAUUCGAACCGUACCCUCAGUUAUUAACUGAAAUAGUAUUGAGAUUACCUUAUCAAGUGCACAAAUAUGCAGAAAAUAAUUCGUCACAAGCAGCGUUUGAACAGCCAUGGUACUUUUAUCUCUGCGAAUACAUGAUGUCGUAUCAAACGCCUCUGGUUAGACGUCAAGUACGCAAGUUACUUCUUUUCAUCUGUGGUAACAAAGAAAAGUACAGACAGUUACGGGAUUUGCACGCUCUAAUUUCCCACGUUCAGUCGGUACAGCAGUGUUGUACCGCCGGCGGAUUUGACCCUCUUCAAACGCGUCCACAUUCCAUCAAUUUGCCAUACGAUUCUUUGGUGGAAUUAAUCGAACACCUCAAGUGCUGCGUCGAGAUUGCUACAAGCCGUACCGGAAAUUGGCAACGAUUCUGUUUGAAACAGAACACAGUGCUGUCUUAUCUGUUUACUAUAUCAACGCUGUUAGACGAGGGUGUCAGCCCUACGGUGUUGCAGCUAUUGCAGUGCGCUAUAUGUUCGAGUAACAAGUCGAAGGAGACGAAGGAUAGUAAAACGAAGGAGUCGAAAGCAGCAAAUGCAGGAAGCAAAGAGAGACGAGAGCGCGAAAAGUCUGAAGAUUCUGAUACGGAAGCUAAAUUCGAGGAAACUCAGUGCUUAGCUUUAGUUGAACAGAUUCAGAAGCAAGUAUCUCCGAGCCUGCUAACUAGAUUCAUUCAGACUUUUUUACUCGAAACGAACAAUACCAAUGUACGCUGGCAGGCUCAUUCUCUGAUACUGGCUAUUUACAAAAAUUGCAAUCCAGCUGAUCAAGAGAUUCUGCUAGAUUUGUUGUGGCGUCUGUGGCCCCUGUUGCCUGCAUACGGCAGAAAAGCAGCUCAGUUCGUGGACUUGUUGGGAUACUUUUCUCUAAAGACACCUCAGGCGAACAAGAAGAUGCACUGUUACAUGGAGCAAGCGGUUGCGGUUUUAAGAGCACAAAAUCAAUUGCUUGCGCGUCACCCGAAUGCGAAUCUCUAUGCAAAUUUGGCUCAGUUCGUCGAAUUGGAUGGCUAUUAUUUGGAGAGCGAGCCCUGUUUGGUGUGCAACAAUCCCGAAGUUCCAAUGACGACGAUCAAACUUUCUUCGAUCAAAGUCGAUUCGAAAUUCACGACAACGACGCAGAUUGUGAAAUUAAUUGGUAGUCACACAAUCAGUCGAAUCACUCUUCGUAUCGGUGAUUUAAAGAGAACAAAGAUGGUGCGCACGAUCAAUAUAUAUUACAAUAAUCGCUCGGUUCAAGCUGUGGUCGAGUUGAAAAAUAAACCUGCCAUGUGGCACAAAGCGAAGAAGAUAACGUUAGCUCAAGGACAAACAGAGAUCAAAAUGGAGUUCCCUUUACCGAUCGUUGCUUGUAAUCUAAUGAUCGAAUACGCGGAUUUUUACGAGGACAUUCAAGCUUCUUCCGAAACGCUUCAGUGUCCACGUUGUUCAGCGAACGUACCAGCAAAUCCAGGUGUCUGCGCAAAUUGCGGAGAGAACGUGUUUCAAUGCCACAAGUGUCGUGCAAUCAACUACGAUGAGAAGGAUCCGUUCUUGUGUCACGCCUGUGGUUUCUGUAAAUACGCGAAAUUUGACUACACGCUAACCGGAAGACCCUGUUGCGCCGUCGAUCCGAUCGAAAGCGACGACGAUCGGAAGAAAACUGUAGCAACGAUCAAUGCUUUGCUCGAGAAAGCUGACAGGGUGUACAAGAAUUUAAUAUCGAAUAAACCGACUUUGGAAAUGUUGUUGGUUAAAAUAUCGGAACAUCGGUUGGAUCGCACCCUCGAAGAUGGUGGCAGUAGCAGCGCUAUUCAGGUGUCUAGCGGAAGUACACAAGUAAACAGAGCUAUACAACUGCUCGCUCAAAGAUAUUGUGGCGAAUGCAAAACUUCGUUUGAAGAAUUAAGCAAAAUCAUACAAAGGGUGUUGGCUUGCCGACGAGAAUUGGUAGCAUACGACCGACAGCAACGAGGUCAGAUGGUAACUGGCAGUGGUGGUAGUUCCUCUAACACCAUCACCACCACCACUACCACCACCACCACCAUCAUCAUCGGCGAUUCAUCAAAUCCCAAGGAAGAAUGUUUGAGAACAUCGACAUCGACAUCGACAUCGACGUCAACUUCGACAGCGGCAGCGACGUCAACGACGGUGACAACAACAAAUACAACCACAACGUCGAUAAGCAGUAGCUCAGCGAGUACACCAGCCGCGAUCGCAACUGUGAAUAAUCCUCAGAGUAUAGGUCGUUGUUACGGCUGCGCUACUGCAGCCACGGAACACUGUCUCACCUUGUUACGGGCUCUGGCUACCAAUCAAGUCGCUAAAGACGUGUUGUGCAAACAGGGCUUGAUUCAAGAACUGGUCGAACAUAAUUUACGCAAGGGUACGGUUCAGAUGCAGGAAGAGGUGAGACAGUUGCUUUGUCUGGUAACUACGGAUAACGCUCAAUCCACUAAAGAACUGUGCUCUCUGUUGACCGGUCGUAUCACGUUGAUGCUUCGUGGCCGAGUCUCUACUUCGGACCUGGCACUGGCGGUACGUCACGAAAUGGCUUUAUUGGCUGCCCUUAUUCAAAAGGAAGAUGCAUGCUGGGAGCAGAAACUUCGCUGCAUCAUGCAAUUGUUCCUAAUGGCUUGCAAGGAAUCAAAGAGCCCCGUUGUUAUGGAGAGUAUCAUUUUACCCUGCUUAAAGAUACUCCAGGGUCUGGUGAAACCGGAGCAACCGGUCUCGAAAAAGAACAAAGACAAGAGUAUAGAAUCAUUGGCAACCGUACAGGUACCCGAAUGCGUGACCAUCGAUGUAGGGAAAUGGUUAAACGGGGACCCAAAGCAUUCCUAUUCCGAAUGGAUUCGUCGGAUGCCAAGCAAGAAGCCGACGGAAUCGACGACGACGACGACGACGACGACGACGACGACGACGACGACGACGGCGACGGCGACGACGACGACGACGACGAAGCCGUUGAAGAAGGAGGAAACACGAGUACUCUAUUUAAUGGAAAAAUAUGGACACAGAUGGCGUAAUAGAUGCAAUAGAAGGCAACAACAGCAAGGAGUUCAGCCAUUGAAAUUGGCCGAUGGCGCUUGGCUGAAGGAAGUCCUAUUCAAUCCGAGUUCUCGACUCGCUCGACAAGUCGCCUGCAACAUGAUCGAGAGUCUCUGUCAAGGAACAGAACGGAAGAAGGAGGUGUUGGUACUGUUGACCUGUUACUUGGAAGAGUUGCGUACAGCCGGCGAAAGCAGUACCGAAUUUCUCGCGUUGUACCAAAGUUUGAUACGGCAACCACCGUGGAAACAGUUCCUGGCAGUACGAGGGGUGAUGACGUUGCUAGCGGAUCUUUUGACCAGGGAAAUCGAGGAACUCCACCGGUUGGAAGAAACGACUCUGACCAGUGAUCUGGCUCAAGGUUAUUCCCUAAAGAUGCUUACAGAAUUGAUGGCUACGUUCCUCGAACAGGAGAACAUAAAACAACAGUACAAGGGUCGGCUGGUAGCCGCUGUUCUCAAUGGUUAUUUAUCCCUGAGGAGGCUGGUCGUUCAGCGAACGAGACUGAUCGACGACACGCAAGAGAAACUGCUCGAGCUUCUCGAGGAGAUGACUACCGGUACCGAGGAGGAAACGAAAGCGUUCAUGGCGAUCUGCGUGGAAACGGUGCAAAAGUACAGCGUCGAGGAUGUACGUACACCGGUGUUUAUCUUCGAACGGCUAUGCUCGAUCAUUUAUCCAGAGGAGAACGACGUCGGUGAAUUCUUCUUAACCCUCGAGAAGGAUUCGCAACAAGAAGACUUUCUUCAAGGCAGAAUGUUGGGAAAUCCUUACAGCAGCCUCGAACCUGGAUUAGGGCCGUUGAUGAGGGACGUGAAGAAUAAAAUCUGUCAGGAUUGCGAGCUAGUCGCUCUGUUGGAGGACGACAAUGGAAUGGAACUGUUGGUCAACAACAAGAUCGUCAGUCUCGAUUUACCGGUGAAGGAAGUGUACAAAAAGAUUUGGGUAAUGGAGGGUGGCGAAUGCGACGCGAUGCGUGUCGUCUAUCGAAUGCGAGGAUUGCUCGGUGACGCUACCGAGGAGUUCGUUGAGAGCCUGAACGCUAGUAGCGAACAGGAAGUGAACAACGAGGAAGUUUAUAAAAUGGCGAACGUUCUUGCCGACUGCGGUGGCCUCGAGGUGAUGCUGAAUCGUUUAGCGGCCAUCCAGGAUGUGAAUCGAGCCCGUCCGCUACUUCAAGUACUCCUCAAGCUGUUUCGUCUUUCGGUGAAGGUGAAGAGGAACCAAGAGGUGCUGAGUAAGCCAGAACUCGGAGCGGUUACGGUGUUGCUCGACGUGCUGCAACGUUGCCUUGCCAGCACCUCCGCCGAAUCAGACAAUUCCCAGGCAAAGGUUACAGAACAGCUGUUGGACAUAAUGGAAACGAUUUUAACGCACGCCGCUUCGCAACCGCUCUCAACGUUUGAGAUAUUCUCCCGUACAUUGGGCGGACCGGAACACGUAAAGGCCCUACUCUCUUGCACCCAGUCGACCGCUGUCAGACAAAGUAGCAACGUAUUGGCGCACGUUGCCCGCGUAUUGGCAGCGCUUACUUACGGGAAUACCGAGAAAAUGGCCCUGCUUUACGAUUACUUCAAGCCUGUCCUAAACUUUUAUAAAUUCGACUUUGAACACACGCCGGAAGACGAGCAAAAGCUCGAACUCUUCUGUAUUCUAACCCAAGCUAUCGAGCGCAACGCUAUCGGUAAUACACUGAAGGAUUACAUGAUCGGGAUGGGAAUCGUGGAACACGCGUUCGAAUAUAUAACCGUACACGCGCCUUGCGUAAAACCGACACUCUUGAGAACGGACAGCGACGAGCUGAAGGAUUUCAUAUCGAAGCCGGCCUUAAAAUACAUUCUACGCUUUCUUACCGGCCUAGCAACCGAUCACGAGCCGACGCAACUCGCUGUCUCCCAGGUGACGAUCAGCAUCAUUCACCGACUCGAACAGGUAUCCUCGGACGAGCACGUUGGCUCGUUGGCGGAGAAUCUAUUGGAAGCAUUGUGCACCAACAAACGCGUCGCUGAAUUGAUCGAGGAAGCUCGACAACAUACUCGUAGCGAGAAGAAACGCUUGGCAAUGGCCAUGCGAGAGAGACAGUUGGGCGCGUUGGGAAUGCAAACAAACGAUAAGGGUCAAGUAAUGGCCAGCGGAACGAUUCUACAACAAAUGGAAGAUCUAGGAGACGAAACAGGGUUAGUUUGCGUUAUCUGCCGGGAAGGGUACAAAUUUAAACCGAACAUGGUUUUGGGCAUAUACACCUUCUCGAAACGUUGCAACGUGGAAGAGUUUGAAACGAAACAGAGAAAGACGGUAGGCUACACAACUGUUACCCACUUUAACGUCGUUCACGUUGACUGCCAUAUGUCGGCGGUAAGAUUAGCGCGCGCCAGAGACGAAUGGGAAAGCGCGGCUUUACAAAAUGCCAACACCAAGUGUAACGGACUGUUGCCGUUAUGGGGACCUCAAGUUUUGGAAUCAGCUUUCGCUGGUUGCUUAGCCAGACACAAUACCUAUCUACAGGAGUGUACCAGCCAUCGAGACAUAUCCUACCCAUCCACCGUUCAUGACCUGAAAUUGCUAUUGCUACGAUUCGCUCAAGAGAAAAGCUUCCACGAGGAUAGCGGAGGAGGAGGACCUCAGUCGAAUAUGCAUUUGCUUCCGUAUCUCGUUCACACGGCUCUUUACGUGAUUAACACCACAAGAGCAGCAGCUCGAGCAGACAAAACAUUAAUGGGAUACUUGGAAACACCUCCUGGACCCAGCUGGCUCGAGAGUUGUUACGAAGCCGAAGGACCAUUUUACCAAUGCACCAUGUCACUUUUGCUUCUUACACCAGCCCGCUGGAAUACCCAUAGACUUGCUCAUUUCAAUAGAUUGAUUGUUCUUGCUCAUCAACGAUACAUUUCACCGUCAGCUGCGACCAAGACCAUUACCGAUGUAACCGUGAAGCAUUACGCGGUAUACAAAAGCGCUUUCAUCUUUUUUGGGCUAAUCGAUUCUAUUUAUGCCAAUUUCUUCAAGAAAGUCAACGUAUCGACAGACGAUCAAUGGCCAUCGGUUUUGGCCGAAUACAUCAGACAUAACGAUGAAGCCAUGCUAAAGGCAUCGGAACGCGUACUUGCUACUUAUCGCGACGAACUCUUACCUUGUACAUCUUUCGAAGAAUUUUCUGAUGUUCUCGGCUUGUUGGAAGAUAUAACAAAUCCUUCUACGUACAUAAGCGACCUUUUGCGAAGACUUGGUUAAGCAAUAAUACGAAUCCUAUUAAAAUGAGUCCUCCCUCCUCCUCCAUUUCUCUUUUAACUUUUAACAGAAAUAUCACGAUUUAAUGCGUUAAACUUCCGAAUUCCACGUUUCUUUUACUUUCGUUGCUUUUCAUCAGUAUAUAAAAUAAUAUUAAAGAAAAAAGAAAAGAAAAGAAAAGAAAAAAAUGUCGCUCGUGUAUAUCUUCUUAGGUCUUUUGCUAAAUCACCGAUUGCUUUGACCUCAAUUGUUCCGAUUAAUAUACUCGCACCGCUGUGUACAUUGCGGGUGAUCCUUUUUGCUUUCGGUAGGAUAAAAAAAAAAAAAAAAACGUUCAGUAUAUCGCGUGGUGUUAUUACUCGAUUCUAUGAUUGUACGUUUAAAAAAUGAAAACAAAUAUGUGCUUUAAUAAAAAUACGAAACUUUGA